AUGCCGGCGAAACAGAGGACGCCAAAAGUGAGCCGAAACCCUGAUCUGAUCAGGGGAGUUGGUAAAUACUCGAGGUCGCAGAUGUACCACAAGAGAGGUCUGUGGGCUAUCAAGGCCAAAAAUGGCGGCGUUUUCCCUCGCCACGACGGUAAAUCGAAGGUUGAUGCUCCAGCUGAGAAGCCACCAAAGUUCUAUCCAGCGGAAGAUGUGAAGAAGCCUCUCGCCAACAGACGCAAGCCAAAGCCUACUAAGCUCAGAGCCAGCAUCACCCCAGGGACAGUGUUGAUUAUCCUUGCUGGUAGGUUCAAGGGGAAGAGAGUUGUCUUCCUUAAGCAACUUGCAUCUGGUUUGCUUCUCGUUACUGGACCUUUCAAGAUCAAUGGUGUUCCUUUGAGACGUGUAAACCAGGCCUACGUGAUCGCCACUUCCACUAAGGUUGAUAUCUCUGGAGUUAGCCUAGACAAGUUCGAUGACAAGUACUUUGGAAAGGUUGCCGAGAAGAAGAACAAGAAGGGAGAAGGAGAGUUCUUUGAGGCUGACAAAGAGGAGAAGAAGGAGAUUCCACAAGGAAAGAAAGAUGACCAGAAGGCUAUUGACACAGCUUUGAUCAAGGCCAUUGAAGCUGUUCCAGAGUUGAAGACUUACCUCGGCGCAAGGUUCUCACUUAAACAAGGGAUGAAGCCACAUGAGCUUGUUUUCUAG